AUGCAAUUGAAAGGUAUGAACAGUGGAAUUCCUAGUAACAAUUUACGUAUUCAUACGAAAGACAACGUGGUAGUCCCUGCUGUACCUGUCAUAUCCUAUCCAAGUCCACAAGAACUUCAGCAAAUCUUGAAUCAGCCAUACUAUGGAAUUUUUGGUGAUUCACAUCAAGAAAGAUCACAUUCCGUUCAAACACAACUAGAUUUUGGAACACAUGCACCAGUACCAAUAACGACAACUGUUUUAGGAGCAAUAGAAAUGCGAUCAAAAGGUGCAUCAGCGGUUAAAGAUGACAACAAGUCCUAG